AUGGCAGUUUUGUCCACUAUGUGGGGAAAAUGCAAUAUGGGUCUCAGGGGCUGCAUUGCAUUGGUCAGCUGUGCAGCUAUAAAUUCUGAAAAAUGCCCUCUUGGCGUCCUCGUCGCUCCUCAUAGGCCUCUGCAGUUGCAGUCUUUUCUGGUCGUCUUGGAGACUGUCCAUGCCACGGGAUUCAGAUGGCUGCAACAAACAAAGAUAGCACUGGUGACAGAGGUAGAUUCAAGAUGGAAUUGGAAGCCUCUAGUCUGUGUGCUGCAAGCAGGCGGUUCUGGAAUGGUCAACUCAAUUGAGGAGGGGCCUAGAAAAAGUGGCCUAAAAAUUGCUCGUUCCAAACAUUUUCCCAAUUGGGUAACCGUGCUCAUUUGGCAUCUUCCUUACCGGUCAAAAACAAAAAUUGACUUAUGGACCUAUUCGUUUUGCGACCUGGAACGCAGAGCUGCGCUGUCUGAAACCUGUCUACCAGAAGAAGUAUCUCUGUUUGAAGUGGGGGCAGGAUACACAUUCUUUUGGAAAGGUUUAUCAGGCAAUGAUCCGCGGAUUCAUGGUGUUGGUUUUGCUGUUCGUACAAACUUACUCAAAGACAUUACUGAGACUCCAGUCUGGAGAAUACAUAAAGAUGACAAAAUUGUAGUUUUUGGCGAUUUUAACGCAAGAAUUGGAACAAACUUUAGCGUCUGGGCUGGCAUCAUUGGAAGACAUAAUCUGGAAUGCGCAAAUAGUAAUGGAAUCAAACUCCUGAAUUUUUGUGCGAGAUUUGGAUUGCUACGAAGAUUUCUUGAUUUUCCGCAAGAAAGCAUCAGGACUGGUUUGGUGAGAAUCGACCUGGCAUUCUUGACCUUUUGCAAACAAAGAAUAAAGCCCAUAAAAAAAAGGGUCAGCAAUCCAGACUCACUCAGUCUUAAUCUUGCAUGUAAAGAAUCACGUACAAAGGUUCGGCAAGUGCUGCGUUGCAUGGAAAACGAUUGGUGGACAGAGAAAGCUAGAAAACUACAGAGAUUAGCAAAUACAAAAAAUACGCAAAGAUUUUACAAGUUUCUCAAGUCUGUCUAUAAAACUGCCCAGCACCCUGUUCAUCCAAUUAAAGCAAAAGAUGGUCCUGCAGUAAUCAGAGACCUUGAGGGAUUCGUGUCACACUGGGCCGAGCGUUUUAGUGAUUUGUUGUUCUGCAUCAACCUGGUGGUCCCGACAUUUUUAGAAACCCUUCCAAAACUCCCGGUCUUGCUGAGUUUGAUAGCUCUCUUGUAUUUGACGAGAUUAUGCCAGCCGCCAAGGAAAUGA